GACAAAACUUAUUUAAUUAAACUAUAAUUUAUAAUAAUAGAAUCUACCCACUUUGGACACUUUGGUAACCCUCACUCACUGAGCCUCUGUUACUGUUACUGUUAGUAGUGAGUGUUACUACUCUACUGUUACAAUCAGUCCGUUUUAUGACGAUAUGAAACCAAUUACGCUGGAGGAUAGAGGUUUGAAAAACUUUCGAACACUCAAAGUUAAAGUUCAGAAAAGACCCACAAAAUCCCUAUUCGACAUCAUAUAGAGAAGAUGAUGGUUUGUAGGCGACUUACAAUAUCUCUUUACUUAUAGCAAAAACCGGAAAACACCAUAGGUGUAAAUAAUAUUUAAUUGAUUAUUCGAUACUGAGGUGUUCACAACUACCUGAAAAUGUCUAGAAACUGUGUUUUUACUCAAGUAUUUGUUAACUUGCAAAAAAUGAAAGGAACAUUAAACAGCACUCAUUUGAACUCAUUUCGGACUCUCAGAAUCAGUUCUGUCAUCUCCAAUGAUAUUAACAAUGAAGUUCCCAGCAAUACAAGCCAUCAGCAAUAUGAUAUGUUCUACCCUGGUCAUAUUUCAACAUCAUUAUUUCAGAAGUCUCUGUUAGCUGCAGGUUCUGGUAUAGCUUGCUUAUUGAACCCUGCUAGAGAUGACAUGCUCUGUGCACUUGGAGAAACUACAGGACCUCUAGCUCUGAAAUACAUACAUUCAAAAAUGAUGUCAGAUUCAGUAGGCAGACAAAUUUUGGAAGAAAAGCCUGUCAUAAAUACUACCACUAUCAACCUUGAGAAGCUGGGAAGUCUACCAGAUGGAACUUUUGGAAAAGAAUAUUGGACAUUUUUAAAGACAAAUGGCUUUUCUCCUGAUGCCAGGAGACCUGUAAAUUUCAUAGAUGAUGCUGAGCUGAUGUACGUCAUGCUGCGCUAUCGUCAGUGCCAUGACCUAGUCCACACAUUACUGGGUAUGCCACCAAAUAUGCUGGGAGAAGUGGCUGUCAAGUGGUUUGAGGCUAUCCAAACAAGGCUGCCUAUGUGUAUAUCUGCUGCAUUGUUUGGUCCCAUUAGACUUGGCCCAAAGCACAGAAGGAAAUACUUUGACAUCUACCUGCCCUGGGCUAUUCGAUCUGCUUACAACUCAAAGUUUUUAAUGAAUGUCUACUUUGAGAAGCACUGGGAACAAGAUAUUACUGAAUUCAGACAAGAACUCAAUCUUGAACCAGCGCCUGUUCCAUUAAUUAAGACUGGAAAAAAUACAAAAACAAAAUAAUGGUAUUGUUCAAUACAAUUGUAAAUUUUAAAAUUGAUGCUGUGUACAUUUUUUUCUUGGUAUAUAAUAUUUUUCUACUAUAGGCUUUUAAUCUUUGAAAUUAUGCUGCUGUCUGGAUCUAGCAGAAAUAUUUUUCUAUUGACACCUCUCAACUCUUGGUACUUAUGCGCGGUACAAACACCAUUUUAAAAUCACUGAAGAGUCAGCUGCUACAAAGGACCAUCACUGGCAAAGACCUAUUCAAAGAAGUUUCAACCCUCAUGGAUGAUCUUUCUCUUUUUUUUUGUAAGAAAUUGGUGGGAGUAACUUAUGAUGCAGCCAAAGUAUGGUUGGCUAUCAAAGUGGACUGGCAGCAAGUUAGCUGAAAAGUUGUCAAGCAGAACCUCUUUGGCAAGGACCAUGUGAUGUGUUCAGAACUGUACAUUUCAACAAAUUACAAGUGCUGAAGCACAAAACUUACAAAGAUUUACCGACAGAAACAGAAUAUUUCUAUUUAACAGAGAAGUACAAGCAGAGGAAAGGAACUAUAGUAGAUUCUUAUAUUAGGCACACCGUAUUCGGGAAGUAGGUCAAAUUUUUAUUUUAUUUUUUUAUUUGGUGACGGUUUAACUUACAAAAAAACUGAAAGCAGAUUCUUAUUCUGCAACUAAAGGACUAUAAAAAUAGCUGUGUUUCUUUGAAUUACCACUCAUAGUCAAGAUUUUAUUUUAAAAUAAAUCAGGUCACUUCAUGCUCCUAUAAUAAACGCAGUUUUUGUGCUUUCUCCUUCAGCACACAUCGAGCACCGUUAAGAAACACCACUAUGUUAUUGCUAAUAAAUUAUAUCUGUGUUAAUUAAAAAUUAUUUAGAUUGUAUUAAAAGAAGUAGAUUCACUUCUGCAAUAUGUAUUUAUAGUAUAUUGCCUCUCUCUCUCUCUCUCUCUCUCUCUCUCUCUCUCUCUCUCUCUCUAUAUAUAUAUAUAUAUAUAUAUAUAUAUAUAUAUAUAUAUAUAUAUAUAUAUAUAUAUAUAUAUAUAUAUAUAUAUAUAUAUGCCUACCUAUAUAAUCUAUGUGUAGAAACAGAAAUAAAUCUAUAUAAUUAUAGAUCUAUAAAUUAAUUAUUAUAAUUCAACAAACAUGAUAGGCUACAUGUAUUCUCUGUCUCUUUCUUUUAAUUCCCAUCCAAGGACCCUCUUCUUUUCAUAAUUUGGAUGUUCGUUUUGUUACAUCCCCUCCCUCCCAUAGAUGCUUAUAAUUCUUUUCAUGACUCUCUCCCCCUUCCCUCCACUGCCUGUAUGAUAGGUUGUGACACUACACGCUUAGUGUAUACCUCUCCUCACCACCAGCGCUCGCCUGGCGUGAUCACCUGCAGUGGGCAUGGUCUCUGGCUUCAAAUUAGCAGCCCGCACUUUUUCUUUCAUUCAUAAAUUAUAUAUUCUAGAUAUCUCGAUCUAGGUCACAUUUAUUUAUUGAAAAAAAUCAUAGAUUUAUUAAUCCCAAUAAUAUUUCUUAUUACGAUUUUGCCUUGUGCACUAUAGGAGAAUGUGUUUAAUUCAUUAUUAUUCAUUGAAACACCUCCUUUUUUAAUUUUAUUUAACAGCUAACAGUAUGAAUGUGAUUGGAAUGUCUUUCUAAAGAUGUUUGGAAGCUUAUUUUGAUAGAUCCACCAGCCUACGAUCAAACAGGCUCAUAAUAUAGCCUUCAUCCCUUAUAUGGGUAUGAAUUGCCGGGGGAGGUUUAAACAAUAGCUUUACAUACUUGGUUACCGAGAAUCUAAAAAACUGCCAUCUGCUUUGGAAAAGCGGAACAAAAAUACAGGAACUUAUCUUAAAUUGGACAUGCUUUGUCCCGAAACAUCGUUUUUAGCUCCAAACAUAAAAACAAAUUAAUUAUAAACAAAAAAAGCGACGUGUUUCUAAAAGGAGAAUUUGAUGAGCUGUGCCUAAUAUAAGAAGCUACUAUAAAUCCUUUUUUGAAGACAUGAAAUUUUUAUGACUAGAAAUUAAAGCAUGGAAUAAAACAUACCUAGUACCAGUAUCUAAACCAACAGAUAUUGUGUUGGUUACAUGUAAAUGAAUUCAACCAAUUCACCGGAAAAACAAGUUAAUAUAGUAUGUGUAAGCUGACAUAAGCAUUUAGCAAGAUGUUAAGGGGUGAAGCCAAUGUUACAUAAUUGCCUCACUGACAUCUCGAUCUACGCAGCAGGAUAUUCAGACGGUUUUGGCAAACUCUUUCAUUGGUUCCUAAUAAAACUGCUUUGAUUA